AUGGCUCCCCAAACGUCCAUCCCCACUGCAGCGAAUGUGCUUGGGACCAUCGGCACGAUAUGCUGGUGCGUCCAGCUUCUUCCGCAAAUAUACAAAAGCUACCGCAGUCAGUCGACGGAAGGAGUGCCACCGGCCAUGAUGUUUCUGUGGUCAGCCAGCGGUGUACCUUUUGGGGCUUAUGCGAUUUCUCAGAACUUCAACAUUCCGAUUCAAAUUCAGCCACAAUGCUUUUGUCUCUUCUGCCUGGUCAAUUGGGGUCAGUGUUUGUAUUAUUCGCGGAAAUGGACAGCGAAGAAUGUCUUCUUAGUCUGUGCGGCUAUCCUUCUGCUCGACGGGGGCCUCCAAGGUCUCCUUGUCUGGCUGCUUCGCAGAGCCUACCGCGAGAAGAACCUUGAAUGGCCGACGACCAUGAUCGGCGCAGUUGCAUUUGUUCUACUCAUAUCAGGGUACAUUCCCAUCCCGUUUGAGCUGAUCAAACGGAGAGGAAGAGUGAUAGGUAUCGACUUUUUGUUUCUUGCAAUCGACUGGUUCGGAGCAUUCUUCUCAUUGAUGUCGCUCGCAACCCAAAAUUCCUUUGAUCCCUUAUUCGGAACUCUCUAUGCCUUAUGUGCGAUCAUCGAGAUGUCCAUGUUCAUAUCACAUGGCAUAUGGAUCUUCCGGACGCGACGUCUGCGCAAGAGAUGCAAGGAGUCUGGAUUGGAUAUUGAUUCGCAUCCCGAAGGGGUGGCCUGGCAGAACAAUGGAUUCAAACUCCCCUGCAAACGAUCAUGUCCGCAUUCUCAAGUCGACGCAGAGGCACGUUCUUUAUCAAACCACUGCGAAACUAUCGCCCUUUCACCUCCUAAAGAUAUGAAAACAACUGCCAGGACUAUGGCGGAGUGA